AUGUCGAACGUCGUUGGGUCUCUCUUUUUCAUAUUGUUAUCGUCAUUAAUUUGUCGUACCAAAACCGUAAUUGCUGAAUUUUAUUCGCUAAGUUCGAGUUAUUAUCAACCAAGGAGGCAGAAAUUCCCAACCUUUGUCACGGUCGAAGAGAAUCGUCGGCAGUACUUUGUUUUCGGUUCUAAGUGGCGUUUUAAUUUUGAUGGCUUAAAAGUAUCGUUGCCCGAAGAUAGUGGCGUAUAUAACUCACAAACCGUAGUUCCAUUUUCCGAAAAUAAAACAAUGGAACAGCGACUUGAGGAGCUUCGCCACGCUGUCGGACUGCCGGAAUGGAAAUUACAUUCAAAAUAA